UCCGGCGAGGAGCGUGCAUGAUGUGCGUCCCGGCGGCGCGUCAUUGGUGCGGCCCCUAAACGUGUCACAACUUUUGAUGGAUUACCCCACUUCUGAGUGCUCAGGUGCGGCUCACUCCUCUCCAUCCACUCGCUAGCGCGCGUCUCUCCGAACUCCAGUCAGACCCGAACGAGCAGAGUCGACAUGUUCUCGCGGGCGCACCUGUGCGUGCUCGCGUCCUCGGCGCUGUCCACGCUGGUGGUGCUGAGCGCGCUUGCGGCGAAGGGAACGAGCGCGGCCGCCACCGGCUGCCCGACGUGCGGCAUGCCCGCGAUGGAGAAGGACGGCGAGGAGCGGUACCUGGUCGAGAUAGCCAAGCAGCAGAUCCUGAGCAAGCUCCACCUGCGCGAGAGGCCGAACAUCACGCAGACGGUGCCGCGCGCCGCGCUCAUGACGGCGCUGCGCAAGCUCCACGCGGGCCGCGUCAGGCAGGACGGAACGCUGGAGCUGGACAACAACGUGCCAAACUCGCGCACGAACAACCAGGCGUACGAGAUCGUGAGCUUCGCUGAUGUCGAUGACCAGGUCUCUGACGGCAUCGACACCGGUCUGUCGUUCCAGUUCCUGCAGGAGAAAGGUCACAGCGUUCAGGUGCUGCAGUCCUCGCUGUGGCUUUACGUGCGUCCGGCCGACGCGCCUCAUCCCGGCGGCCGCGUCAACGCAGAAAUCUCGCUGCCGGCGACGGGCGGCGCUAACCGCACGCUGCUGCUCCAGAGGAGCGUGGAUGUGUCUCGAGGCGGGUGGCACACGUUCCCGGUCACCGGGGCCCUGCAGGCGUUUCUGGACGGCGGUCAGCGGAGUCUCCGUCUGCAGGUGCACUGCGAAGACGGCGGACGCAACCUGUGCAGUCGCGACGCCUCGGACGAAGCUUCCCACCAGCCGUUCCUAGUCGCGCAGGUGCAGUUGCGUGAAGACGCCAACAAACACGCGCUCAGCAAACGCUCACUGCGCUGCGGAGACGACGUCAGCGUCUGCUGUAAAAAAGACUUCUACAUUAAGUUCCGCGACAUACAGUGGCAGGACUGGAUCAUAGCGCCAGAGGGAUACCAUAUGAACUACUGCAUGGGACAGUGUCCGCAGCAUUUAUCCGGCUCGCCCGGCAUCGCCUCCUCGUUCCACGCCACCGUCUUCAGUCAGCUGAAGGCCAACGGCAUCCACACGGCCGUGUCGUCUUGCUGCGUUCCCAUCCAGAGACGGCCGCUAUCCAUGGUCUACUUCAACUCGCAGCACACCAUCGUGAAGACCGACGUCCCGGACAUGAUCGUCGAAUCCUGCGGGUGCACAUAAAGAACAAUUACGUGACUUAAAAGGUUUGUUCAUUAGCCAGUGAUUCGCUCACCUCCAAGGCAUGUGACCCUGGAGCACAAAACCAGUCCUAAGGGAUGUGAAAGCCCGGAUAGAUAAGCUUUCCAUUGACGCACGGUUUGGUAGGAUAGGACAAAAUGUGACCGAGAUUAUAAAGUCGCCUUUAUAGUAUUCCAAAAGAAAGUCCUUAGCGAUGCAUAUUACUAAUCAAAAAUGAAGUUUUGAGUUUGAAAUAUACAAAAUGUCUUCAUGGGGCAUGAUCUUUAGUUAAUACACUAAGGAUUUUCUGCAUAAAAGUCGUCAUUUUGGCUCAUAUAGUGCAUUGUUGGGUACUGCUACAAAUAUACCUGUGCUGCUGAUGAUUGGUUUUGUGUUCCAGAGACACACACGAAUUUCUUCAUUCAGACGAAUGCAUUCAGAGUUAAAACGUAAAAAAUGAUACUUGCUACUUGGGAGUAGGUGGGUGUUUUUGUACAGUGGCCCAAAAGAAGUGCAAUAAAGCGCAUCCAUCGUCAUAAAACGUGCCUCCGGGGGAGAAUAAAAACCUCCUGUAGCAAAUCAAUGCAUUUUUAUAAGAACAAUAUCCAUAUUUAAAGCAGUUUUCUCUUACUUCUGCUAAUUGUAGUACGUGCAAGCCGUUCCGGCGGAUGACUUGGGAUGGUUUUAAUGCAACUUCAAUUGGAUUCGCCUGAACAAGGUGAUGCACGCUUAAAACAGCUCGAGGAUGAGUAAACCACUGGCUGAUUUUCACUUUUGCAUGAACGAACCCUUUAACAGUACACCUAUUUAUCUGCUUUAUCACGAGGAGGCGAAACGUGCUCUAAUCAAGGCUUUCUGUCUAAGCAAAGCUCAUUCGUCGUGGGUUUUUCGUAGAUGUCGAGACACUCAGGGAAAUCAAAGCCACUGUAAAAGCCACAUUUUGGCCUGACUCAGCACGGUUACCCAACAUGACAGUAAACAUUGCCACACGUCCCACCAGAAGUCUGAGCAAAUGGAGCGGCGCAUUAGUAUCGAAUACAUUUCUCUCACAAUAGUUCUCGAAGCUAAUUUUGACUGUUUACGCUAAGCACCAGCGAAUGCAACUAAACACGUGUGCUGGCUUUCUUUUCAGGAUGCUUAUUCUCUGUUCUUUUAUUUGUGAUAUUAAUAAUACGUCUUAUUUAUAGAGCGCCUUUGCAAAAGCGGUACGGUAAUCUACAGACAGUACAAUAACCUACAUUGUACACGUUACAGGUGUGUUUUUGCCAUGUUCAUUUCGACUGUUUAUUGUGUCUUAUGUUCUCCUUUUGUUUAGUCUGAAGCACUUCCUAGCGAUGCAUAGUGUAGGGAAUCUGCAACUGCACUUUAUACGUUAUUUUGCGUAGUUAGUACGAAUCAAGCCACUCGAAUCCGUUGUGUUUAUUUUUGCUUUGACAAAGAUGAUACUGUAACUUAUGGCGCGAUAUUAAAGCUAUUCGUUAAGGCUCGUUGAAGGAGCAUUAAUUUGUAUAAUUUUUUUUUAACUAAAGGAAUAUUUUCUUAUGAGUGAGAUUGUGAGCUUGGAAAUCUGUACUGUAUUGCACGUUGUAAUUUUGCUGAAUGUGUAUUUUUCUAAAUAAAUAUUUUAUCUAUUA